AUUUCUUAUGCCUGCAUUGCCUAGUGUGUAUCACUUGCUUGCCGGUUAUCUCAAGUUGAGCACUAUUACCCAAACUAUUUACCAUGGAACCCGGAUUGGCGCAUAGCUUGGCGUCCGUAGAAAGAUAAACGCAUUGUUAUUAAGGGAUAGCUUGUUCCUAUAACUAGCGCCUAGCGCAUUUACUUUUGGGCUUCGCGACCUGAAACCCUUAGCCAUGGCAAACAAUAGCGAUGCGGGGAAACAAAAGCCGAAUAGACCGUCAACUGAAAGCAAGAACCACCAUGUGUUUCUAAGCGGAGCGCUGUCUGGGAUUAUCGAGGGCCUCACCAUACAGCCGCUGGAGUUAAUGAAGACCCGCUUCCAAAUCAACCCCGGCCAGCCGCUGCGGCUGCUGCCCACCGCCCGCGACAUCCUGCGGGAGGGCGGUGUACGGCAGUUCUACCGGGGCAGCCUGCCGGAGAUAGUGGGCCUCAUCCCCCGCGCCACCGCCGCGCUGUCCACCCUGGAGUUCAGUCGGCGGGAGCUGCGGGCUGCUGGGGGCGGGGGGCAGCUGGGCGCGGGGGCGGCCUACCUGAGCGGUGCGCUGAGCGGGGUGACGGAGGGGCUGGCGUUCGCGCCAUUCCAGGUCAUCAAGGUCCGCCUGAUGGCCAAGGAGCACCUGGGCCGCUACCGCAACAGCUGGGACUGCCUCACACAGGUUGUACGGCAGGAGGGCCUUACCGCCCUGGCCACGGGUCUGGGCCCCACGCUGUGGCGCAACUGCAUUUGGAACUCGCUGUACUACGGCUCCAUGUACCUGCUGACUGGGGAGGGGG